AAGCUAAUUGGACUUUAUGUGUAAAAAGACGCAACGUUUUUUUAGCAUGUCGCAAUACGCAGUAUGAUGGUGCUAAGAAGAUUUAUUGGUCAAUGAUUUGAUAAAAUCGAUAGUUUUCCAGCUCUUAAGGAUAUUACCGCAAUAAGAAGGGUUGCCGUUUUUUAAUGUAGAAAUUUUAAGCAGCUGUAUUUGUACAUAAUCGACAAUUUUAUUCAAUCCCAGUUUAUAUUUCCGAUAAAUUUGUUUGUUUCAGUGUUGAUAUGAAAAAAAAAUACACAAACCUCACACAAAACAGUGUUAUAUCGUUGCAAAAACAGCGACUCUAUAAUCUGUGAGAAUUUUCAUGCGUCUGGCAGCUGUGACUAUAAUCCAGCGCUGCCAUCACUAAAGUGGUUAAAGUCGCAAGUUGCAGAAAGAUGUUGUAAGCAUUCCAAAAGAGUAAGAAUUUGAAAUCUUACCCGCGAUUUCUGGAGUUUUUUGUUCUACCUCGGAUGCCUGUGCUGUGCUAGAAUCAUUCCAUGUCACCGGCAAAUUGCAAUCCGCAAUGGCAAUAAAUUAAACUUGUCGGUGUAGUUUUUUUUGAAAUACGGAAUGGAAUAUUUUAGUGCUUCAAAAUCAUAAUUUAAGUAGUUGAUUUUCCCGAGUUUUGUUGUAAUUACAUCACAUUUGGUGGGAGAUAUUUUUUAGGGAUUUUGGGGUCACUUUUUAUCACAUGGAAUAAAUCGUCGGUUCUGUGCAACAGUGGCACAACUAAAAAAUCACAUUUUCGAGAAAAAGGCGUUUGAAAAUUAGCGACGACAAUUGAAUUUUCAAUUUUCAAAAAACUUUCGAAGUUUAAUAGCGAAUUUCUCUAUUCUACUGUGUGCGGGCAAAACUGCCGAGGAAUAAUGAAACGUCAUCGCCAUUUAAGACGCAAGCAAGGAAGAGAUGCCAGAUAAUUGUUUACGAACUUAGCACGUGCGGUGGUGGGUUGAAGCUGACAAAUUUUACAGUGCGCUUCCACGGCAGGUCAAAACUGGGUCAAAAUCGAGCGAAUAAAGAAGGGUUUUGACAGCAGUUAGUGCGCUUCCAGGUCAAAACGAGUGUAUCUUUUGGCUCCUAUUGAAAGAGUGUUGUCUGUCAAUCGGUGCGUUUGAGCGAUUUGAGCAUGAGGUUUAUGAAAAGCAAUUAGAAUGUCAUGUUUUGGUGAUAACAGCAAACAUUAUCAAGAAAUAUGUAUAGAGACACGGCACUAUAAAAGACUGGACUUGAGCAUUAUCCCUGUACCAGUUUAGUAAUCCAGUGGCCAGACAGCUAGAUCUAAUCAGGAUGAAACAAUUCGCACUUCUAGCGAUAUUCUGCACUUUGGGAGCUCAGGCCCUUCCAGACCGCACACCUUACAUCAUUAAUGGACACCAGGUUCCUCAUCAACCCUACAACGCGUAUGUUUUGUAUCUGAAUGCAGCAAACGCAGGAUUUUUCGGUGGUGGCUCGAUCAUUUCUGAUCGACACAUUAUCACAGCUGCGCAAAAUAUUCAAGGAUAUGUAACUUGGAACAUUGGUCUUGGGAGUAACGUUUUCACUUCACUGAGCAUGCUAACCACGACUACAGCUACUCCGCAUCCAAGCUACAACGCUAACACCAGAGCCAAUGAUAUUGGUAUCAUUACUCUGGUUAGUUCCCUUGUUUUCACAUCAACUAUCGCUCCUAUUUCGCUACCAGCUUUGACAGAAACAACUCAAUUACCACUGGAGAAUGAAGAAGGGUCCAUUGUUGGAUUUGGUUUUACCACCGCAACAACAAUUUCUCGCUCAGACUUCCUUAUACGAUCGUACCAGCGAGUUACAACAAUUUCACGUUGCCAGCAGUUCUACCAGAUUACGGUUCCAAAUCAUUUCUGCGGUGAAGACAACGUCGAAUUAUCCAAUAUCUGUAACGGUGACAUCGGGGCCGGUUUUGUAACUAUCGUCCGGGGUAACGCAAUGCUGACUGGUAUUGCAUCUCUGAUGACAGCUAGCUGUGCGAACGCAAGCCCUUCCGGAUACACACGCAUUGUUCCUUAUAGACAAUGGAUUCAACAGAUUACAUCAGUGUAAAUAUUCCAAUCAGGAUGUUGAAAAACGUAAAUUGUAAUUUCUGAUAAUAAUAUAAUAGCGUUUCAAAUUAA